AUGGCCGAGAACAGCACCCGCGAUACUUUCAAAGACAGCGGCACCAAGUCCAGUGAUGAAAAGACUCCGGUAUUGGCUCCAGCUUUCGCCGUCGCCAACGUCGAGCUAGCGACUGCUCAUGAGGACCUUAUGUCCGAGUUCGACAGCGUCGUGGGAAGCGACGACUCCCUCGACUCUUCUGAUACCUCCGAGAAGCUGUCCGACACCGCAAACGCAGUCACGAGCCAUGAUUAUCUGAGCAAGAAAGCCAAGGCCAAGCUCAACUUUGAGGGGGAACUGGAUAAUCUGGCAGGCAGCUACAAUGAGCUCGAGCGAGGCGAGAAGAAUAUGAGAACCAUGGCGCAGAAGGUGCGGGACGCUCUUAUCACCAUUGAGAACUUCGUGAAUCAGGCAGAGUACCUACUCCAUGGCUCAGAAGAUGUCACGGACUGUAUUGAGAGCUUGCAGGAGAUUUCGAAGAAGCUCUGA